AUGCCGUCCCCUUCAGACAUACCCCCCGGCAAUAAUGCCUUCAACAACACCAACAACAUGGUCAACAUCAGCAGGGCCAACGAUGCACCCACUCCCACUCGCAUCCCCACUCCCGCUCCCUGGUUCUUCCUCUCCCGCCGCCGUCACCUUCCAUCCCCUUCCCUCUCUAACCAAGAGCAAGACGAAGUGUUCAACCGCAUCUCCUCGUCCAUGUCCCAUUCCUCUACCCUCGCAGCCAGACAAGAGCCCAAUGUCGCGGCCGGUCUACCCACCUCACCCGGCCUACAUAUCCUCCGCCGUGCGAGAAUCGUGGAGUAUAUCAAGUCCUAUACGUCUGCCCGAGAGCGACAUGAUGGACAGCAACGGGAAGCGACGACGGAGUGGGGAGUUGUUGGAGUUCCCGUUCUAGAGACACAUCCACAUUCACCUUCGUUUUUUAUUACAGCUCUCUAUCAUGAUGGUCAUGAUGGGGAAAUAACCCCUCCUCCGGCUUCCCCUCAUGGAGCUUUUUUAUCGGAUAUCAUCAGGACGAGCAGCCCAGACAGUCCCGAUAACAAGUCCGACACCAGCGCUGGUGGACGCCGCCGCAGCCAGAGCGCCAGCAGGGAUGUUGUUGAACACUUUGUGUCUGGCAGCGAUGCCGGCGAAGACGAAGACGAAGACGAGGACGAGCUCCUCUUCCUUCAAACACCCCCCAACCCCAACCCCAACUACAGCUCUAGCUCGCGGGUUGGUACUACUACUAUCACAGGAAGCAUCACCGAUAUGUUACUAGGUACCAUGACGGCCGAGGAGCAGGCGGUGGUGAGCCGGACGUGGAAGAAGGUUUUGAAGUCUAAGGGCAGGGGUGUUACUACUACUACCCAACAUGGAGAUAUGGAUGCGGUAGCGGAAGAAGGGGAGGGGAACAAUAGCGAGGGGGGAGCGGUGCUUUGGAACAAGGUUGCGAUGCAGGAGGAGGAGGAAGACAGUGACAGUGACGGAGGAGGUGCUCCCCUUUCCGGGUCAUCAUCUGAAAAUGGUAGUAGUAGACUCGGCAACGACCGCCGCCGCGAAAAAGGUGGUUCGGACGGAAGAAGACUAGACGGCGGUUCGAAUCGUCGGAUUGAUUUGGCACAGUUCGCUGCCAGACACCACCACCAACAGUUCUGGCACGGCCCCGGCCUCCGGGCCAAUUCGGACAGACAAAAAGCAGAUGCUGCUGCCCAACUUGAACGCCAUCGUCGACCCAGCGAUACGCCUAUUCUUCCCGCAUUUCGUUCCGGGAUCGAAACAGGGGCUUGCCGGUCCGAUGCUGGUGCUGACAUCACUCUCGAAUUGUUUUCCACCCUCUUUCGACUCCAACGCGCUGAGGCCCGGGCCCGGCAACGGGUGCUUAACCGUUUCUCUUCUUUGGAUCAUCCGGGGCGCAUCAAUAGCUUGCAAGAUGGCGGACAGCAGGCGAGACAACCUGGACGUUCGCAACAACGGAAUCCUGAUGAUGCCUCUACUUCAAAUGCGGACCACUUCACCUCUGAGCGCCACCGCUUUCAUCACUUCACCGAACCGCCACUUACAUCAAACACAACCAGAUCUCUCCAUCUACCUCCGCCCACCCCCAGUCGUCCCAGCAAAGGCUCAUCUUCCCGGUCGGUUCUUGCCCAGUCAUCAACACCACCACCACGCGCUCCCCUGCCGCACGAACCUCAAGGGAGUCGUACUACAAACCAAGUUCCCAAACCGCCUAGCCCAACCACCACCACCACCGGAGACUUCACCCCAACCACCGGAAAUUCCACAACCACACCACUCUCCUCGUCCUCCUCCUCCAAACUAGGACCCUUCCCCCUCUCCCCCUCUACCGUCGCCCUCCUCGCCUCUUCACAAGCUUCCUUCGAACGUCUUACCACUCCCAAAUUCCAUCCCGCCGGUGUCAGCCGUUCCCGUCAGAAUCAGGAAGCCCAGAUUCAGGCUCACACAGCGGCAUGGACGAACAUUGACAUUGGAAAAGGUAAAGAGGAGGAGGAGGGAGAGAAGGAGGGAGAGGAAGGGUGGGAGAUGGUGGAUAAUCCUUGUGAUGAGUAUCGUGUGAUAUAUAAUCCGGGGAAAGGAAAUGGGUAUGCGAGGAAUGGAGGGUUUGGGAGGAGGGAGGUGGAGGUGGAGGGGGAGGUGGAUGAAUUGCCGGGGGGGUUGGAGGAGACAUGCACGGAUUAUGGGUUCGUGCUGGAUCGGAAGGGGGAUGGGGAGGGUUCAACUUCUGCUGGUGGAGGACCCCAACAACAGCAACACCAACACCACCAAAUUCCCAUUGUCGUACCGCCCUUACACCGAGAUAUCACGAGACAUGGAACCCCAUCAACAACAUCAACUACGAGUCAAACCCAAACCCAACCCCAUCUCGCAACCUCGCGGCUUCGCCAACUUCAACAAACCGAGCGGGAAUCAACCGUCUCAACAUCUCUAUCCGUUUCUUCAUACGCACCACUAUCGCGGCCCUCCAUGUCAUCAUCCUCCCCCUACCCCUCCCCGUUCUCAGGAGAAGUGGGAGUGAGAGUGGGAGCGGGAGGGAGGGGGCAAAACGAGGAGCAGAAGGGGAAGGGGAAGGCGAAGGGGAAGGAGAAGUGGAAGGGAACGGCAAAUGAACAGGAGCGUCAUGGAAAUGGGAGGAGGGAAGUAGAGACCCGGACUACUCGUGUACAGCAGAAUUCCCUUCACCUUGGAAGGAACAACGGUCAACGUGAUUAUCGGGGUCAGGGUCAGGGCCAGGGGUCGAAUUUUCCCUCCUCUACGAACCGGAACGAAGAGAGGGAGAGCGAGAGAAGGCGAGGAGAUACUCGUGUUAACAUUCGGAUGGGUCGUAUCGUUCAACCAUCGGGAAGUCGUGCUCACACGGGGGGUAGUGUCGCUCAACCUUCUGGGCGGCCGGGGUUGGAUGAUGACAGUGUUGAUAUUGACGAGGGUUUUGCUGAUGUGCUUCCUGGUCGUGUGGGGAAGAAGCAGUGAACAUCAACAACAAAUGUUGAAGGAAACUUGGGAUAUUUCAUGACGUUAUUUGGAUAAGGUACCGGAGGGAAACACAAUAGUAAUCUAGCGGUUUAGCUAGCAAUUGGAAAUCAU